AUGCCAAGUCCAGAAUGCGAUGAAUCCAGCUCCGGCAAUGCUCCCGGUCUGGAGGAUUGGCUUGUCUCCCUGCUGGACUACAAGUUCGCACAGCAAGAGACUGUGAUCCGCAGCCUGCUCGAGCGAAAGUUUCAGGACAGCGGCCCAGACCGGUCAAGAUCCAACCUCUCCCCCGGGACAUGGGCUGUUGGCCCGAGCUCUCCCAGCAUGGAAGGGUCCUACAAGGAAAUCGUUGCAGCGGAGCCAAUGAUGCAAGCCCUAAGGAGCGAUGCUACGAGUGGCGACGAGCAACGGUCCUCCAGAAAGCUGUCCAGGAAAAACACCACAACCCUGGGAGCCGCGAUCAUGAUAGAGAAGUGGGAUCCCGACCCACCAUGGAAGUCGUUCAUCAAGAAGCAGCUUGAUGGCUAUAUGGGCGUGGUGGUCAUGGUCAACAUGAUCUUCAUGGUUGUCAUGACGCAAUGGACCGGCACAAGGGCGGAAGUCGAAUUGCAAUUGCGGACAGAACCGUGGCCUUUCUUCUCGCAGGCAUUCUUCGAUACCUCUGAGUACUUCUUCUACGUUAUCUAUGUCGCUGAUGUUUUGAUUCGAGUGAUUGUGCUCCGGCGGGAGUGGUAUUACGAUCCACAAGAGGGGUUCAUGUAUUUAAACAUCUUUGAUGCGCUCCUCGUGGGUCUCAGCACUAUCGAGCUCAUCCUCCUUCCUGCAGUGCUAACUGCGGGUGGAAGCAAUGAGUUUCAGGCUAGUGCUAUCCGCAUAUUGAAAUUGAUGCGGAUAUAUCGUACCCUCCGAGUUGUGAAGACUAUGCAUGUGUUUCGGCAAUUGAAGCUGUUGGUUAGAACCUGCAUCGCUAGCAUCGGAGCCUUGUUCUGGUCCUUGGUGCUUCUGCUCUUGCUGAACAUUGCAUUUGCUCUAAUGAUUUCGCAAGCUCUGCAGACUUUCAUCCUUGAUGAUUCGGCAGAUCUGGAAGCACGCCUUGUCAUGAAUGAGUGGUAUGGCAGUUUUACCAAGUCCUUCUAUACCAUCUUUGAAGUGACACACAGCGGCUCUUGGCCAUCACGUGUGCGGCCCGUCCUUGACUUGGUGGACCCGUGGUACGCGGCCCUAUUCUUACCAUAUAUAGCACUGGUGGUUUUCGCAGUGAUUCGGGUAGUCACGGCGCUGUUCAUCAAAGAAACCUUAGCUAGUGCGGCGAAUGAUGCGGAGUUGGUCAUCGAAGAAACAAGACGUUUCGCACUCGAAUACCAAAAGAAGCUGGAAGAGCUUUUUCGGUUCGUGGACGAAGACGGCAAUGGUCAUCUGUCCCCAGAUGAGUUUGUCGAAGCAAUGAGCUUACCGAGCGUGCAGCAGUACAUGAAGUUCCUGGACGUCAGCGUGAGGGAUGUGCGCCCGCUCUUUGACAUUCUCUCGGAAGGUGAUGGGCUGAUUACCAUCGCCGAGUUUUGUAAGGGUCUCAUGCAGCUUAAAGGGCAAGCACGAGCCCUGGACAUCAUCAUGCUACAACACGAGAACUCCAAGUUAAUGAGGAGGUGUGAAGACAUUCACCGAAGUGUUCACAAGGUAUGCAAGGCCAUAUCCUCCACCUCUUGGGCUGGCCGUCUCCAAGAGACCUAG